UCACAAAAAUCUAAAUAGAAGCAAACACGGCUUAGAAUUCAAGCAAGGGAGAGAAAGACAUUUUUACUUAGGUUCUGGACCAGAUCAGUCAGUAUCAUAAAAUCGACUUUCAUCACUUGCAAGCAACUAGAUCGAAGGAGAUCGGUGCUUGGUGCCUCGGGGUGCCCUAACCUGGCUUGUAGAGAUCCUUGUCACGAGGUGAUUCUUAAGAGAGCGUGCCGAGAAGCAGCCCAGUCAAAACUGGAGUAGUGCACGGGCCAUUGAAUAAUUUAAGGAGAAAAGCGAACAACAGGCUACAGAGGAAACUGAAGGCACCAGCACCUGCGGAGUGGGCAGCAUUUGGUCUCAUUUAAAAGACUGAAAACUGUCCAGACCACUCACAUUUGACAAUUCAGAGAAAUAUUUCAACUGGGCUGAGGGAAGAGAGCUUGAAGGCUAAACCUGAACAAAUUAUUUUCUUCUGCAUUCCUCCACCACAGUGUACAAAAGGUUCCCUCCUAGAUCAUCCUGGGUGGUGAGGAAUGCCAUCACGAAGGGAUGGCCACAGGUGAUGGCAAACCUGAUUGCGGGUGUGUGCCCUACCCUAUGGAGCAGAUCCUAGCGGUCCCUGCACAGGAAAGAAAUCUUACCUUUUAAGUCCCUGUUCGGGCGCCACUUACCGGGGACCAGCCUCCUGCAAAAUGUCAUGUCAGGGGUUCCUGAAAGGAUGAGACGGCGUCGGCGAAAACGAAAGGGCUGAGGGGAAGGGGAUGAGGUAGAAUGAGGAGACACUGACACUUGCAAAUACUAAAUAAACCAAAGUGUCUAGGGAGAAAGAAGUGAUUUUUUACAGUUAUUUUCUUUGCCAUGGGAGUGCUAAUGUUCAAGCAUAUCUUCUUCACAAGCUUUCUUGGAUUCCAUGCAACACUUCUUCUGUUUCCAGUCUGUUUGACGCAAGAUUAUACAGCCAUUCCUAUUGUUCCAAAUGCUUCUUUCCUCUGGGCUUGGAAUGCCCCAACUCACAAUUGUGUUAAGUUCAAUAUAACGAUAGAUUUGAGCCUCUUCUCCUUAUCAGGAAACCCCGGGCUAAACCGCCCAGGACAAGGUGUUACAAUAUUUUAUAAGGACAAACUGGGCUACUAUCCUUGUGUACAUAAAGGUAAAAAUGUGAAUGGAGGAAUCCCUCAGUUGGCAUGUCUGCAAAAUCAUUUGGACAAAGCUAGGAAAGACAUUUGCGGUUCCUUUGGACCGAACGACGUGGGCUUGGCUGUAAUUGACUGGGAAGAAUGGAGGCCCCUUUGGGACAGAAAUUGGGGUGCUAAAGUUAUUUACAAAACCCAAUCUAUUGAUUUAGCUCACCAAAAUAAUACGACACUCACUUUUCAAAAGGCAGGCCUAGUUGCCAAAGCGGAGUUUGAAAAAGCUGGAAGGAAUUUCAUGCUAGAGACUUUAAAAUUGGGACAAUUACUACGGCCGAAAUACUUAUGGGGUUAUUAUCUUUUUCCUGAUUGUUACAAUCAUAAUUAUACCAAAGACCGAGCUUACAAUGGAAGUUGCCCUGAUAAAGAAAAAGAAAGAAAUAAUUUGCUCCACUGGUUAUGGAAUGAAAGCACUGCCCUUUUCCCAUCCGUUUAUUUGAAUACCGGAAUAAAUGGUUCCAAUACUGCGCUCUUUGCCCGGAAUCGUGUGCUGGAAGCCCUUCGAGUUUCUAAAGUGCGAAACAAUACGGACCCGCUUCCAGUUUUUGUAUAUCUGCGUCUAGUUUUUACUGAUAACUUUACGACUUUCCUUUGUAAGGAUGACCUUGUGCAUACAAUUGGGGAAAGCGUUGCUCUAGGCGCCUCUGGAAUGGUAAUAUGGGGCAGCACCAAUUUAACCCGAAAUGAGACAGAUUGCACGAACCUAGCCAAUUAUAUGAAGAAUACCCUGAAUCCUUACAUAAUCAAUGUCACCCUAGCAGCCAAAAUGUGUAGCCAAGUGCUUUGCCAAGAUCAGGGAGUGUGUAUAAGGAGAAACUGGAAUUCAAGCGACUAUCUUCACCUGAACCCAAGGAAAUUUACUAUUCAAAUGGUGAAUGACAGAAAAUAUGUGUUAAAAGGGAAGCCCACACAGGACGACCUGCAGCAGUUUUCUCAAAAAUUUCAUUGCCGCUGUUAUGCCAAUAUCCAUUGUAUGACAAGAGUGAAUGUGACUACUACAAAUCUUACCCAUCUAUGUGUUGGUAAUGAUGUUUGUAUAGAUGCCUUUGUAAACCCAGCACUCAGUGGUCCUUCUAAACUGAAUGACAGAUCUUCAGGUGCUUAUAGCAGUGCUGCGUCUACUAUACCAUAUGCUACAAUGUCCCCACGUGCUUCUGGGAAAGUCCUCAAUGAGAGCCUCCAAACAAAAUGUUUAGUGGAAGCUGUCUCCAACAUCCUCCAAGAAGAACAUGAACGUUGCUUAUAUAAUCUAAACACUCCUAAUGAAACAACCUUUCCCUGUACAAGUUCAGUGCUUAUUAAAUUUCCUAUCCACAUACUUUAUGUUUUUCUAGCUUUUACAUUUUUAUACUUAGUAACUUAAAAAAUGAUUAUUUUCAUGCACGUGAUAAUCCUUGGUUUGUAUUUGAAGUGAUGAUAAAAACACAUGGCUAUGAUAAUGAAUAGCUUGACAUUUUGAGCAAAAAUUAUUUUCUUAUGAUCAAAUGAAACUUUAAAUUAUUAUUGAUAGACAAGGAAUGUUGACUACCACCUUUGAUUUUCAAAAUCAUAGAACAGUGUUAUUACUAAAACCAUUGAUAACAACAAUAUGAUUGAAACUCCAUUUGACUUGAAUCCGGAUUUUUAACAGAGCAUACAAUUUCUUUAAGAUAAUGUCCAAGUUAUAUCUUCUGGUUGCCAUGAUUCUGUAGCAAAUAUUUUGCGUACAUGAAUGUAUAUAUACUGAUUGUAAAAACUGUAAUUCCUAAAACAACUGUCUACCUAGGUUUUGCCUGAGAAAAGUGAAGGUUUGGAUAAUACCACUUUAUUACAAAUGAAUAUCAUUGUGAAUGCACUCUAGUUCAUAAUAAAAGUUAAGAAAGUAUU